AUGGAAAAGGACAACACAAGUUCUUUUGAAGGCUUCUUCCUGGUCGGCUUCUCUGACCGUCCCCACCUAGAGCUGAUCCUCUUUGUGGUUGUCCUCUCUUUUUAUCUGCUGACUCUUCUUGGCAACAUGACCAUCAUCUUGCUUUCUGCUCUGGAUUCCCGGCUGCACACACCAAUGUAUUUCUUUUUGGCCAAUCUCUCAUUUCUAGACAUGUGUUUCACCACAGGCUCCAUCCCUCAGAUGCUCUACAACCUUUGGGGUCCAGAUAAGACCAUCAGCUAUCUGGGUUGUGCCAUCCAGCUCUACUUUGUCCUGGCUCUGGGAGGGGUGGAGUGUGUCCUCCUGGCUGUCAUGGCAUAUGACCGCUAUGCUGCAGUCUGCAAACCCCUGCACUACACUGUCAUCAUGCACCCACGUCUCUGUGGGCAGCUGGCUUCAGUGGCAUGGCUGAGUGGCUUCAGCAAUUCUCUCAUAAUGGCACCCCAGACAUUGAUGCUACCCCGCUGUGGGCACAUGCGAGUGGACCACUUUCUCUGUGAGAUGCCAGCACUAAUUGGCAUGGCUUGUGUAGAUACCAUGACCCUUCAGGCACUGGCAUUUGCCUUGGCAAUCUUUAUCAUCCUGGCACCACUCUUCCUCAUCCUCAUCUCUUAUGGCUAUAUUGCAGGAGCAGUCUUUAGGAUCAAGUCAGCUGCCGGGCGAAAAAAAGCCUUCAACACCUGUAGCUCCCACUUAAUUGUUGUCUCACUCUUCUAUGGUACCAUCAUAUACAUGUACCUCCAGCCGGCAAACACUUAUUCCCAGGAUCAGGGCAAGUUCUUUACUCUUUUCUACACAAUUAUCACUCCCAGUGUCAACCCCCUGAUCUAUACACUGAGAAACAAAGACGUUAAAGAGGCCAUGAAGAAGGUGCUAGGGAAGGGGAGUGCAGAAGCUUAG